AUGUCUUUUACCAUAUGGCACACAAAGCCUGACGGCACUCUGAAGCCCAUCCGAAUGUCUAUCCUCGACGCCUUUCGAGGAGUGCCCGAUCCGAAGCCAAAGAAAUCAGUAGUGUGUGCAUGCUGUGGGAAGACCCAUGAUCCGAAACCCGACCCUAAAGCCGAUAAAAAUCAUGGAAACAAGACCGAAGAAAGAAGCGAUGCUGAGAAGGCUGAUGACGAGAUCAUUCUGCGCAUGAAGGCGGAAAAUCACCAAGCGCAAUGGAAAGACAUUUUGGAACAGACCAAGACAUUCAAGGAUCAGCAUCAAGUCAAGGCUCGUUACAAGGAGCUCACAGGUCACAAGAAGGAGGAAGGGAAAGAUGACUCGAACGAGGGACCCAAGGGCAAGAAAAAAGACAAGGAUCCUGACAGAGCCGCCAAAGAUGCAAAGAACAGAGAGGAAGGGCUGAAGAGGGCAAAGAGCGGCCAGGGACAGCAGUCCGAGGAUGCUAAGAAUGAGAAGAAGAAGGGAAAGGGGAAGCAGGACAAGAACGAUUCCAACGACUUCAAGGCAUGGGCUGAGAGCUACGACAACAAGAAAUGGCAAAUCCUGGCCUCGAAGCAUUACGACAAGACCGGACAUCGCAUUACUCCGGAGCACGCUCGCCAGAUGGCUGAAGGGAAGUGA